AUGCGCAUCCAAUUGCGCGACAACUCGCUCGGCAAUCCUAACUCGAUUCCAGAAACAAUUUUGAGCGACAUACCGGCCAACGAGCGUCGUUUUCGAAAAAAACGCAGGUCGCGUCGGCGCAUGAGAAUUUCCAAGGAAUCCAUGAACCGUCUGGUGAUGAACUUUCUUGUCGGAAAGGGAUACCGAGAGGUGGCUGAAGCCUUCUGGCGUGACUCAGGCACUAAGCCCCACGUCGAUUUGCAGUCGGUGCAGGAUCGCAUGAGUAUUCAGCAGCUAUUGCUUAAAGGCCACAUACAAGAAGCGCGUGAUAAGUUGUCUGGCAUGAUCUCAGACUUUUUCGAAAAAAACAGCUGGAUAGAUUUUCUUCUGGCCAAACAAGAGCUGAUUGAGUUGAUCAAGGUUCACAAUAUCGAAGAGGCGCUGCAAUUUGCCGUAAAGAAUCUUGCGCCGUUUGGUCAAAAGAGUCCCCACUUCUUACAAGAAAUUGAGCGGACAAUGUCCGUUAUUGCUUUCAAAAGCCCAUUGGAGUCACCGCUUGGCCAUUUAUUGGAACAGACACAGCGCCGCCGAGUGGCGGACGAGGUGAAUUCUGCUAUUUUACGAAGCCAAAAGGAAGAGCUUGAGCCCCUGCUGCCUUCGAUGGUCCAGCACUUUCAUUACAUGGAGGAUCAAUUGGAAGCCAAGCUCAGUCGUCAUCCGCGUGGUAUAUCGAUUGACGACCCACCAUGUCAGCAUUAA